AUGGACCCAACCCAUGACAGAUGGAUCUGGGACACUGGUGCUGAUGUCCACAUCUGCAAAGACAAGUUGAUCAUGACCGACUUAUCCAAGACCACAGGCACCAUAAGCAAUGUUGACCUCAAGCUCUGCACCAAUCAAGGCGUGCAUGACUCUGACAACUCAUCGCUCACCUCUGCUCCAUCGACUGCUUCCCUCCCCAUGGAGGAGGAUGCUCUGAGCGAUUUCCAAGUGGAUGAAGGGCAUGAUCUUGACACCGACAUCACCACCAAGCAUGGUGUUGUGCUGCCCAAUCUAGCACUCAGCAUCAUCCAACCACCACUGACAGCCAAUUGGAUGGCAUGCGACCUUGUUUCUCUUGUUGGAAUCGACCCUCAGACCUCAAUUGAUGAUCUGACCACUGUCCCACAGGCACAGGCAUCUCUUUAUUGGCCCAAGUGGGAGGAGGCUAUCAACAUCAAACUCAACUCGCUCAUCAACACUGGCACUUGGACCAUUGUCAACCUACCUCAAGGCUGCAAACCCAUAUUGGCAAGAUGGGUCUUCAAGAUGAAACAUGAUGCUGACAACAACAUCAGCAAAUUCAAGGCUCAAUUGGUUGCCUGUGGCUACUCCCAGGUUCACAGCAUUGACUACCACAACACAUACUCUCCAGUAGUCAGUAUGACUUGCCUUCAAAUGGUUAUGUGCUACAGCAUCAAGCACAGCUACAGGAUCUGCCAGCUCAACUUUGUUGCCACCUACCUCAACAGCAAACUCAAGGAUGUGGACAUCUACAUGGUCUUACUGCCAGGUUUCAAGGACCACUUCAAGCAAUCACUGCACUCAGUAUGCAACCUCAAGAAGGCCCUAUAUGGACUCAAACAGUCCAGCUGA